AUGAUUCUUUCUCUCUCAAGGAAGGGAGUUGUGGGUAGAGCAUUUCGAAAGGCGCGUGCCUCCUCCGCUCGUUCUAUCACCGACAACCACCGGUCUGUCGCUGACAGGUGUCUCUCCCCAUCCUACCCCACCGGACAGGAACACCACCGUUUGAUCGUUAUCAAACGGUCAGCACAGUGGUGCUUGUGCAGUUGGGGAAACCGCACUGUUUGGUAA